AUGGAAUACUUGUUUUGUUUUUUUCAUCUGAAAAAGAAAACAUUUCGACCAACUUUCUUUCGUUUUCAUCUUAUCCUAAUCUUUAUUUUAUUUUCUUCUUUAUUUCAACAGGCUGAAUUAGCUGACAGUGAAGUAGGCAAAUUCCAUUUCAUCAGUGUACCACAAACGUGGAUACCACCGAAUCGUCCAGUUGACCUAAGACGUCCAGAUAUGGAAAUGUAUAUAUUUUAUACUGAAUUAGGUUAUCCUAAUCCAUUAGUUAGUCGUUUAGGUUCACAACGUCUAUUCAUUGAAUUGGCUUAUGAUAAAAAGACAUCGAGUUAUACACAUUUAAAAAUGGCUGGAAGUUUUAGUCAAGAUACGCAAUUCUUUUAA